AUGGCAACAAACAGAAAACUUCAAGCGGAAAUCGACCGCACGCUCAAGAAAGUCGAAGAAGGUCUGGACCUGUUCAACGAGAUCUGGGAUAAGGUGUACGCUGCGCAAAACCUUGCACAAAGGGAUAAGUUUGAAGCGGACUUGAAGUCGCAGAUCAAAAAACUGCAACGUCUUCGCGAUCAAAUCAAAGUGUGGCAAGCGGACCCCUCAAUCAAAGACAAAAGCAAAAUCGAUGUUGCCCGGAAGAAGAUUGAAGAGAAAAUGGAAGCUUUUAAAGUCUGUGAGAGAGAAACGAAAACGAAGGCGUUCAGCAAGGAAGGUCUGGCACAGGACCGGGCAGACCCCCUUGAAAAGUCGAAGAACGAGGUUCGCGAAUGGGUCAGAGACUGCAUCGAGAAGCUCAAAGUUCAAAUCGAAGAACGCGAAGCGGAUAUUGAGGCUUCCGUCAGUAGCGCGAAGAAGAAGAAGAUUGAUCAUAUGGCUGUGGAUGCUCUGCGAGCGAAAAUCGCGCGACACCAGUAUCAUAUAGAGAUGCUCGAGCGAAUUCUUAGGGCGCUCGAUAACGAUGCGGCCGAUUGUGACGACGUGAAUGAAAUCAGAGACAGUGUUGAGUACUAUGUCGAGGCGAAUACGGAAGAUGGAUUUCUGGAGGAUGAGGGUAUAUACGACGCGCUUACGCUCGAGGUCCCGGUUGAGAUUCAGGUUUCUCAUAUUCCAAAGCCAAAGGAGGAUACGGAGCAUGCGCCGGAGAGCAAGCCCAGUGAAGCAGAAAACGCUGAAAGAAAAGAAAGUGAGGCGAAGCGCAAAUCUGAGGACGAUGGACGGCGACCUCGAGAUUCAUCGACACCAGGAGCCGCAGGUGUAGCGCAGACACCCGUAGAGGAUUCGCGACGAAAAAACAGCGACGUAUCCGAGUCGAAACGACCUCCAUCGGAACAGGAGAACAACAAAGCGGCAGCAUCCAAAGAAGACCUUUCCAUUGGCGGAGCUUUGGGCUCGGAUGGUGGCGCAUCCGGAGGUCCUGGUCGACCGCGCAGCACCGCCGGACCAGUGACUUCGGCCUGGGCAAACCAGCAACAGCCUGUUACGGUACUGUUAUCGAAGCAGAGCGCUGCACCCCAGACGCCAACACCCACGGAUCCAAGCACUUUGCUUGGUUCUUUCGGGUUGCAGAGCACUCCCCAGAUGCCAACGAGUGUUCAACGAUUGCCACCUGGAAGAGACACACAUGCUAACGCUCUAGCGGCGGUGAUGGUCUCUAAGGUCGACAACGCUGAUCGCGGGUCCUUGGAGUCGAACUCUCGGACGAGUGCAGGAGCUACGGUGGCAACCGCCGCAACGCCUUUCCGGUCCCCGUACCCAUCGAAAUCUGGAGACCAGAUGAACUCGCGAACCUGUGCACCCGAGGGAUCCGCAGUGUCUAUGAAUGUGUCUUCCCUGGCAGCUGGACUCGGAGCAAGCGUCCCAUUGGCACAGCAGUUUGGCCAUCUGCAGGGCUCCCGUGGUGACGCAUUUGCAACAGCGGCUACAGCAUCGAUGGCGCCCGAAGACCCCGGUCGGGAUGCAUCUGAACGUAGCGGACUUGAAGCAGCGCUUCUCGCAGGCGAUGCCGCACUGGUGGACUCGGACCCUAUCGCCUCGCGAACCCUGCUGACAGCACUGCGCCAACUAGAAGAAGGUGCACUCUAUCUAACAGCGCCUUCAGCCAACGGUACCAACCCGGGAAUAGGAGCAUCCCGCCAGAACAAAUCUGCUGCAGCGCCCCUGCAACGAGAACAAGUUCGGUAUGAGCCUAGAAAUCCGUUUCCGGUUCACGGGUCGUUUCCGCAGUCACCUCUGGCAGCUUUGGACAGUCCAGAGCUGUACGAGCGUCUCGAUCCAGACACACUGUUCUUCAUAUUCUUCUUCCCACAGAAUCCACGGCAUCAGUUGUUCGCUGCUCUUGAGUUGAAACGCCAUGCUUGGCGUUUCCACAAACGAUACUUGACGUGGUUCCAGCGCCAUGAAGAGCCCCGGUUCACGACCGAUGACUAUGAAUCAGGGUCAUAUGUCUACUUUGAUCACCAAAUGUGGUGUCAAAGAGUGAGGCAAGACUUUUUGUUCUCGUACGCCGAUCUAGAGGAUGAGCUACCCGUUGUGUGA